GGGAUUACUCACCCAGAUGGUUGCUUGUGUGCAGGGACACAAUGAAGCUUUUGCUUGUGGCUGCUCUCAUUGGGCUUGGCUUUGCCCAACACGACCCGAACACUAAACAUGGCAGGACCUCCAUUGUUCAUCUGUUUGAGUGGCGUUGGGAAGAUAUAGCUGCAGAAUGUGAGAGAUACUUGGCACCUAAUGGCUACGCUGGAGUUCAGAUCUCUCCACCCAGUGAACACAUUACGCUGACUAAUCCUUGGCAUCCUUGGUGGCAGAGGUAUCAGCCAAUAGGCUACAACUUGUGCUCCAGAUCAGGAACAGAGGCUGAGCUGAGGGACAUGAUCACACGCUGUAACAAUGUUGGGGUGAAUGUGUACGCAGAUGUAGUGAUUAACCACAUGUGUGGAGCUGCUGGUGGAGAUGGCACUCACUCCAGCUGUGGAUCAUACUUCAACACCAACAAGCAGGAUUUCCCUUCUGUCCCCUACUCAUACCUGGACUUCAAUGAUUACAAAUGUAAAACCGGCAGUGGAGACAUCGAGAACUACAAUGAUAUCUACCAGGUCAGAGAUUGUCGCUUGGUGAGUCUCUUGGAUUUGGCCUUGGAGAAGGAUUAUGUUAGAGAAAAAGUGGCUGAAUUUCUGAACAAACUGAUUGACAUGGGUAUGGCUGGAUUCAGAGUGGAUGCUUGCAAGCACAUGUGGCCUGGUGAUCUUAGUAAUGUUUUUGGGAGACUCAAAACCCUGAACACCAAAUGGUUUCCAUCCGGCACCAAACCUUUCAUAUAUCAAGAGGUUAUCGACUUAGGCGGUGAGCCCAUUAAAGCCAAUGAGUAUUUUGGGUUUGGAAGAGUGACAGAGUUCAAGCACAGUGCAAAGUUGGGGACAGUCAUUCGUAAAUGGGACGGAGAGAAGCUAAGCUACCUGAAGAAUUGGGGAGAGGGCUGGGGUUUCAUGCCCUCUGAUAAAGCUGUGGUGUUUGUGGACAACCAUGAUAAUCAGAGAGGCCACGGUGCUGGUGGAGCUUCUGUUUUAACAUUCUGGGACUCCAGGCUUUACAAGAUUGGUACAGGACUCAUGUUGGCUCAUCCAUACGGUGUGACCAGAGUGAUGUCUAGCUUCCGCUGGGAUCGACACUUUGUGAAUGGAAAAGAUCAGAAUGACUGGAUGGGCCCUCCAAGCUUUUCUGAUGGAUCCACUAAACCAGUACCCAUUAACCCUGACACCACAUGUGGGGACAACUGGGUGUGUGAGCACAGAUGGCGCCAAAUCAGGAAUAUGGUCAUUUUUCGCAAUGUGGUCAAUGGGCAGCCUCUCAGCAACUGGUGGGACAAUGGCAAUAGUCAGAUCAGCUUUAGCCGUGGCAGCAAAGGAUUCAUUGUGAUCAAUAAUGAUGAUUGGGACCUGAAUGAGACCUUGAACACGGGUUUGCCUGAAGGAACAUACUGUGAUAUCAUCUCUGGAGAUAAGAGUGGGAACAGUUGCACAGGAAAAAAGAUCUCAGUGGGUUCAGAUGGACGUGCCACUUUCUACAUCAGCCACACAGAGGAGGAUCCAUUUAUUGCCAUCCAUACUGAAUCUAAACUAUAGAUUUAGUGAGGAGAAAACCAGGUUGUCAAAAUUGUCAUAUUAAAGCAACCUUUGAUGACA